UCAUAAAAGAUGUUUGAUUAACUUGAAAAUAAACAAUUUUCUUAUAUUUGUAUAUAUUUAGCAAUAAAAGUGGCAUAUAAUAUAUAACAAUGCAACGAAAAAAAAUAGCAUUUGGGAAAAUUGGAUCAAAUUUUAUGAGGGGAUCUGAAAACCGAAAUGAUAUUGUUAUACAGAAUGGCUUUGGAAAAUUUGGGGGCACCAGCACUAAUUCCGUUGAAACUGAAAGUAUUCCACAGGAUCCUGAAACGCAAAAAGUUAAAGAAACUAUGGGAAUUACCGGGUUUGGCCGCAAAGCAAAAACUUUUGAUGUAGAAGAAAUGGUGAAGCAAAUUCAUCAAACUGUUAGAGAUAAAACUAAAGAUAUAAUUAAAGAUAAUACUAAAGAUGAUUCUGAAGAAGAGAGUGAUAUUGUAGGUCCCUUACCUUCCAAUUUAACAUCUGAAAAUGCUGAUAAAACUGUGGAAUCCGAUAAAAGUGAAGACAGUUAUGAUGAUUUAAGUGACUCAGAUGAAGAUGAUUCUAAUGAAAAACUUUUAAUAAACCGUAUACCUUUAUCCCAUGAGGUGAAUAUGAAUCAUGGCACAAAAGCUGUUGUUGCAAUUGCUGCUGAUCCUUCAGGAGCUCGGCUAGCAUCUGGCUCAAUUGAUUAUAAUGUAUCUUUUUGGGAUUUUGCUGGUAUGGAUAACUCUAUGAAGUCUUUCCGCACAUUGCAGCCUUGUGAAACGUAUCCUAUAAGAUGUUUAGAAUAUUCAAGUACUGGUGAUCUUAUACUUGUAAUAUCAGGAACAUCGCAAGCUAAAGUUCUUGAUAGAGAUGGUUUUGAAAAAGUUGAAUGCAUAAAAGGUGAUCAAUAUAUUGCAGAUCAAUCGAGAACAAAAGGCCACACAGCUUCCUUGAAUUGUGGUUCUUGGCAUCCUUCUGUAAAAGAGGAGUUUUUAACUUGCUCUCAAGAUGGUACUUGCCGACUAUGGAACCUGAAGAAUCCAAAACAACAUAAAAAUAUUAUGAAGGCAAGAACCCAAGGAGGUUUAAAAGCAAAUCCAACAACAUGCUCUUACAAUCGUGAUGGAAAUCUAAUUGCAUGUGGAUGUUACGAUGGUUCAAUACAAAUUUGGGAUCAUAGAAAAAACUUUGUAAAUACAGCCUUUCUUUUAAGAGAUGCACAUAUGAAGAAUAAUGAAAUUUCCUCUUUAAGUUUUUCAUAUUUAGGAUCUUAUUUUGCUACUAGGAGUUGUGACGAUACAAUGAAAUUAUGGGAUAUAAGAUUUUUUAAAAAACCUGUACAUGUUGCUGAUAAUCUAUACUCUAGAUAUGAUACAACAGAUUGUAUGUUCAGCCCUGAUGAUUCAAUGCUGAUUACUGGGGAGUCGUUGAACAAAGGAAAAAAUGAGGCCCGAUUGAUGGUUUAUAAUACACACACAUUUGAAACUGUGACAGAAGUUCCUGUUACUACUUCUCAUGUAAUAAAGACAUUAUGGCAUCCAAAACUUAAUCAAAUAUUUGUAGGAUGUGGCAACGGGUUGGUAAAGUGCUACUUUGAUAAUAAUAUGAGUAUGAGAGGUGCUAAAUUAUGCAUUGUUAAAAUGCAUAGGAAACAAAAGAAUGUCGAGAGCAUUAGUGAAGUUCAAGUGAUAACACCUCACGCUUUACCUAUGUUUAGGCAAGAAAGAUCUAAAACCACAAAAAAGAAAAUGGAAAAAGACAGAUUGGAUCCAGUUAAAUCCAGACGUCCAGACCUGCCAAUUACUUCUGGUCAAGGCGGCAGAGUUGCUUCUUCUGGAAGCACUCUUAGUUCUUAUGUUAUUCGUAAUUUGGGUUUAAGCAAACGAGUUGAUGAUGAUCAAGAUCCAAGAGAAGCAAUUCUUAAGUAUGCAAAAGAAGCUGAAGAAAAUCCAUAUUGGAUAGCUCCAGCUUAUAGCAAAACUCAACCUAAACCAAUAUUUAGCAGUGAUAAAGAUGGAAAAUUAGAUCAAACAGAAGAACCACCACAAAAAAAGUCUAAACCGGAUUGAGAAAUGUCAUUUCAAAUAGAGCUAUUAAAAUAUAAUAAAGUUAUAAUAAUACAUUUUAAAAUAAUAAAAUCCAUCAUUGUUUAUGAUAUAUUUUCAGCUUAUUCAGUAUAAAGCCCUAU